UAAUCUGAAUUCCCCAGAUAAGCCUCCACAGCUCAGGUGGCAGAGCUGGGAAUCAAACCCGGUUCCUCCAGAUUAGAUAUAUGAGCUCUUAACCUCCUACGCCACUGCUUUAAAGCUCUGUUUGGCUCCUGGGAGGAAAGGGCUGGUGGGUUGGCUUCCUGCUGGGCAGAGUAAGUAGCUUGGGGCGAGGUUGCUGGGACGGUUGGAGAAGUCAAGAGGCCUGGGUCCCGGACAUCCAUAUAUGCCAUCAGAACCGAGAACUGGUUGGAUACAGUUGUGUGGGGUAUGACAAGAGGAUUUGCAGUACAAUGUGGGUCAACACACCCACACCCACACACGCCAUUCCGCACUCUCCUUGCUGUUUCUCUGUUGUGUCAAAGCCGUUGGUUUUAAGUCAUGAAAUAUUAAAUGGACAAUGCAGAUGUUCUUCCCCUAAGUGUCUGGUUGAAUAACUGUCUUAACAGUAAACAAGUUUGAAAAGAUGGCAAUGUGAGGUUUUUACAGAAUGUGAGAGUAUUUUUUCCCCUUAUACUCCACUAUAACAGCUUCACUCAUCAGAGCAGGGCCUUCUGCAGGUGCCAGUCUGAAAAUGGGCACAAUCAACAACUGCCUGUCCAUGUGCCUUCUCUGUUAUGGCCCCCACCUUAUGGAAUGUCCUGCCUGGGGAGGUUAGGAAGGCCCCCAGUCCCCUGGCUUUCCUCAAACUAUGCAAAACUGAAUUAUUCAAGGCGGCUUUUCUAUGCAGGCAAUUGAGUGGCACUGUACCUUAUGAUUCACAAAGUUACUUGGAACAGUUAUGAAAGACUGUGGUCUGUACUAUGUAGCUUGUUGAAACUAGGAUACUGCUGUGGAAUUUUGCAUCAUUUAAUGUGUCUUUGCAAUUUGUUGAUGUUUUGUUAGCUGACAUAAGUCUAAAGAGAUAAGGUGGGAUAUAAAUAAACCAUCAUCUGCCAAUGCUUUCCUUUCAACUACUGUAAAAGUCACAAAUACAGUGGUAAACACUUGGCCACUCUACUUCCAUAUAAUAUACUGCAUGCAUUAAUUUGUUCUCAGCCCCUCCCAGUCCAAGAGAACGAAACUCUGUUCUGAGCCACCCCCUUUCUCAGCCAGAAAUAAACUUCUGAUGUAACAUGGAUUAGGGCCUUGGAAUCUCAGCUGGAGAGAUCGAAAAAGGCACAGGGGCAAGGCCUGGCAGCUGGAAAGUGCCAAUUAAGAGAAUCUCUUGGAUGAGAAAAGGUACUGAGGAGGAGGCCAAAACAGGAUUAUCUGUGCCCUCACCUGGGAAGCAUCUGAAAAACUUCACAAGGCUUUAUAGAAGGGGAACGAGCAGUUAAGAAGAUGUUUCCCCUUCCACGUUAUGAUCAGCAUAGAGAGCGGAAAAUGCAGGCCCAGGCUAUCGUGAGGGAGCUCACUGGAGAAUUUGUCCCACAGCUAGACCUGGGUAAGAAGGUUAGCAUCCCUCAGGACUUGAUGAUGGAAGAGCUAAACCUGCCGAUAAACAGGGGUUCCAAGCUUUACCAGAAAAGGCAGAAGAGGGUACAGCAGUUUGUGCUGGAAUAUCCUACAAGUUACAGAAUUGCCUCAAACAGAACAGCAGCAGGCAGCUUGCAUCCAAUCCAUGAAGCAGAUGGAACAGCAAAUGGGCAAAUGCCUCUUCCUAAUGCAGAAGGGAAGGAGAAUAAUCCGACACAGCUUCAUGAGGCAGCCUCAGGAAAGCCAUCACCCCCCAAAGUACCUAAGAAGACAGACAAAGUUUUGCAGAUGAGCAAAGCUUUGAAUCCUGAUAACCUUGCUCCAGGCUAUUCCGGGCCUCUAAAAGGCGUGCCUCCUGAGAAGUUCAACAGCACAAUCAUCCCCAAAGCCUACCAGUGUCCUUGGCGAGAGUUCCUGAGCAGCGAGGAUUAUCAGACUGAUAGUGAGACCCGUUUGCCUGAGCCUCCCAGAAAAGUGAAUACUGUUGACCGGAGCUUCAACAGGACUCCAACCCCAUUUGGUGGGCUAUUACUGAACGAUGUGUACCCAGUACCUGUGUCUGAGAUGAAUGAAGCUCAGACAGAUACCCUGAGCAGCUUGGAGCUGAUGUUGAAUAGACCCAGCUUUAACAGAGUACCGCGGGGGUGGAUACUGGCCAUGCCAGAAUCUGAGGAACUGUAAUUAAUAUGCUACUAAUACUGCUGCCUUUCUCUUCUUAAGUAUCAAUCCUUGCUAGUCUUUCAGUUUACUGACAUAGAGCCAUCUCUUGAGCGUAGAAUAGAUACCCUACUGUAGGCAUUAAUAGCAGCUUGCAGUAACAUAACCCUCAAGAAAGCUCCCAUCUAGGGCCUUAGACUCAAAUGUGGCACUGCAAUAUACCAACCAUUUCAUACAAGAAAUUGUCAUGCUUUUGAUAAAACAUCCUACAGUGAAGCAAGAUCAGCUAUCAAGCCUUGAAAAGCAAGAAGACAGAUUGAAUUAUUUCUACAAUUUCUUUAAAAGAACGUAGAACAUCUAGAAAAGGGAAUGUGACGUUGAAGGAUCGUCCAAUAACUUGCUCCCCUUCAAGAAAUACAAAGCUAUGGCAAGUUCCAAGAAAUUAUGGUUUUGCCUGUUAAGGUUAAGACUGACCCAAGCUAGAUUCCCAAAUCCUGUUUUUUCUGAUAUAAAUCAGUUACCUGUUUUAAAAGUCACUAUUUUUCAACUGCAUUUACUAAGGUUUUAUAAGUAUCUACUAUAUUUUCAUGUUAUGAUGUUUCCAAGGGCUUCUGGAGGUUGAAUGUAGUUCUUACUUCUGGGUUUUACUUUCAUAACCACUCUUAAAGAAAGCUAGGCUGAGGAUAUGUUACUAGCUCAAGGGCACACAGCAAGUUUCAUGGCCACAUAGGGAUGGCAACCACAUUUUCUUUUGUUUGAAAGCUGCUAAAUCAAGGUCCAACAUUUAGGGAGGGAUGAGUAAUCUCUAGUGGAAUGAUUAAAGCCAGCUUAAUUGUUGUUCAAUAGUAGCAUCAGCCAUCUAGGGAUGGGAUGAGCUCCCCGUCACUUGCAGUCUUUGAGCAGGUGUUGGACAAAUACUUGUCAGGAAUGCCUUAGGCUUAUCCUGCAUUGAGCACUGGAUUAGACUAGAUGGGCCUUUCCAUCUCUAUGAUUCUAGGCCACCCAGUGGACUUCAUGGCCGAUUGGGGAUUUGAACCUGGAUCUCCAAAGCUGAAGUCUGAAACUGUUAUACCAUAGUACAGGCUGUCAGAAACUUUUGUCCACACCCAGGACUUAUAGUGUACCUAGGCUCCAUGGAUCAACUCUCAAACUCAAAGAGGUUGACUAGACAUCACAACUUAAGUUGACUGGAUAUCACAAUAAUUUAAACUGGAACCACAAUGCCACAUCAACAUGGUGCUAAGUGUAAAUGUACAGGGCCACUCUGACAUCAGCUCUUGCAGGAAGUAAUGAUGUGACUGCCAAGAUAUCUAGAAGUGAUAUUAUAUGUGAAUAGGUUCAGAAAACCCAUUUUAAAACAUUUGCUGAACCAGUUUUAAGAUACACGAAUGGGAAAUAGUUUCACUGGGAAAGGUGGGCCUGUGCAGCAUGUUCAUGUCAACGGAACCCACUUCCAUGUAAAUAAAGCUUCUAGCCUUGCAAGAGAAGCUGAAAGCGAAGGAUCAUCAAUAGCUACAGUACAGUUCUUCUGCAGAUCCAGAACCUGACCAAGAGAGUGGACCACUACUCUGACCAAGUUUCCCUGGUGUAUCCUAUUCUGUAUGCUUAUGUAGAUUAUACAAGAAAUAUUAUACAAGAUGUUUAACGAACAAAAGGCACCAAUAAAGCUAGAGUUUUCCCAGCCCUUAGAAAACUAUAAGCAACCACUCACAGAAGGCUAUCCUUUAUGCAUAAACUUUCAGAAAUUGGCAGCUGCUUCUUGUGUUUUAAGCUUUUACAAUUAGAUCCUGAGUAUCUUUAUGGGUAUUUAAUAGAUUGAUAUGCAGUUAAGCUAUACAGAUUUUUUUCUGUCUUUGUCAGUGAGUUAUAAAAGAAGGCAACAUUAAUUACAAUAUUUAGCUGUCAAAGGGACUGUUUAAAGGGGAAUGCAAAAGCUAACUAUUAUAAAAGGGGCACGUACUUGCUAAUCAAAAUAUUAAAAACAGAACUUCCAUUCCACUUCUAAACACAGCAUGUUGGAAGAUGGGUAGGAACAACAGUCUGUUAUUUAAGGACUGCAUAUAUCAAAGGAUUGCAUAUAACAGCACCAGACCUACAAACUGGAAGUCACGUUUACAUUUAGAAAUAAGGGGGCAAUGCAAUAAAAUGAAUGGUACUUUAAAACA